CUAAGACCUGUUCAUGUGCUGUAACUUGUAUGUUAGUUGUUAUGCCUGAAGGGUGUAUGUAAAAAUUCCUGAACUAAAACUGAUCAGCUCUUUUUCUUUUUUCUCCCUUCUUUUUCUUAAAAGGGAAAUUGCUAGUUUGACAAAGUUCAAAGAUUGAGUUUGUGGGGUUCAAUUUUAUAGUGUGUGAAGUAAUGUCACAAAGUUUUGAAACAUACUAUUCCUUCACUUGGUUUUUGGAGUUGUGUUAGUGUGGUAACACAGAACUCAUAUAGGAAUCUUUCUUUCUGAAACUUGUUUUGUGCUAAUUAGACAAGCUUUGAGUUGGAAAAAAAAGUAUUAAAGUAGUUACUUCAAGUGGUUGACCUUGAGGAAGAAGAAACUAACAUCACCAUGGAAAUGGAAGGGAGGGGAUUCUCUGGCUUGUACAAGAACACAAGUGAUGAGUUGUUCCUCAAGACUGUGAUUGAGAGCCCUAUUGGAAUGCCAGUUCCGACCAUGGAGACCUUGGGAUUCAAGAAUGUUUCUCAAAGCUUUCGCGUCGACAGCGAGGAGCUCUUCAAACGCUGGCUAACUAAUGGAGAGGUUUAUAAUUCAUCAAGCAUGGGACUUAACAGGCGAUUAUCAAAGAGGGUGUCCACAGAACUUGCCAAUGUGUCUAAUCAGCAGCAUGUUAGUGUAAUUUCAGAAGAAAGAAGCAAUGACAAAUCAUAUGUACAAACUAAUAACCCUUUAUCCAAUGAUGUUUCAGGUGACUUUAAUUUUCCAGUCAGAGAUCCUGCAGAUAGAGAACUGCAACCUGGUAACUUGUUCCUGGCCAAGGCAUGGUUUCUUAGUGAUCAAAGAAUGACUAGGAGCCGGUCAUCCGAAUUGAGGAGGAGGUAUGCUGAAAUGCAAAAUGCGCAGGCAGCACAAAGUAUCGAAUCUAUGUGCAUGAUGCCUCAACAUGUUGAUGGUAUUGACACUAUGAAACAAGAAGCAGCAAAUUUAAAUGGUAUUGAUUAUCACUCGAUGUAUGAGCUUCCAAACCAGCAGCGAUCAUUCAUGACUCCAUCCAACUCAUCUUCAUCUACCUUCAAGACACUUCAAUUCGGUGAUGCAGAUAAAGUUUCAUCUUCUGUCAGCAUACUAAAAGACACUCUGCAACGCAAGAGAGCCGAGAAGGAAGCCGCAGAUAAAAGCCUAAAUGGAAUCUUUUGUCCUCAAGAACCUGUUUUCCAAACUAGUUUUCUUGAAGGACAAGAAAAUUGGAGUCAUCAGAAGCCAGUGAAUGUUCAAGCUAUGUCCAAUGGCCAAGUUGAUCACGGAGUCCUGCAAACGCUCGAAGGAUCGAUGAACUUUGUUAUGGAUAGCUUUGCUAAUCAGACAAACCAAAUGUAUAUAGGGACAGCUUCACAAGAACCUUCUCAAAGUGAAUCCUCUGCUGCUGCACCUGUUGUCUCCUCUGGUUUAGAUGCUUGUGAAGGUCCCAGCAAUUCAAAUCAAACUCUUGGCGAAAGCUCAUGGAAACAAGUGGGAGUGAGUAAAAGUUCAGAGAAUACUCAAAAUAAAGUCAAAGGUUUCAGAGAACAGAUAAUGGAUAAUCUCAAAGAUGAUCGGAAGAGGAGAAGUCUAGACAGAUAUGGAUCUGUAUCAUCAGCAGUCUCAGAGGAAAAAGUAGACACUACAAAAAAGCGCAGGGUGGAACGUUCAAGGAAAAUGGCUGAGGCAAAGGAAAGAAACUUAACACCAUCAGUUCCCUCGGACAUGCAAGCUGUCUUGAAGCGGUGCGAGACCCUUGAAAAGGAAGUCCGGUCGCUAAAACUUAAUCUGUCCUUCAUGAAUAGGAAGGAUUCUGAACAGACAAAACAGAUAGAAGACCUUCAGAAGCAGAACGAAGAGUUGGCAGACGAAAAAGAGCGCCUCCUAGAAGAGAUUGAAAGAAUGUUAUCAGAAAAUGGAAAAAUCUAAUGCUUAUGUAUCUCAUCAUAGUUAAGUUAUGGGGGACAGUUUAGGCCUACCCCUGAUAAAUAGUGAACCUCUGAAAUCUAUUUGCAAAAUAUUCCGUAAAUCUCAUAUUGAUUUUGUAACUUGUAAAAUCUAACUGUUAUUUGAGAUUUGAGAAGUGCAGAUUAGGAUAUCAUAUUGCUAAUGAA